UAAUAGCUGCUGCUUCUAAUAUCAAUUACGUAAGGAGACGGUACACAAGCAGUGUUGUUUGUCGUGAAGAAAAUCAGUGGUUAAGUACUGUCUUAAAUUUAAUAUAAGUUGAACAUGGAUGUUAUUUUACCGAUUGUGGCCCUUUGUUUUGCGCUUAUACAAGCCUGUCAUGCGUCUGCGUACUGUUACAACCCUUACAGCUUCACCACCACCUACUGCUAUGGCUAUUGCUGUGGAAGUCUGAACUCGGUGUGCUGCAGCAAUUUCUUCAGCACGGGCAUCAUCAUUGCAAUUAUAAUAGGAGUGAUCUUUGGCCUCGUCGUCUUGGUUGUUACUAUCCUAGCCAUCGUCAAGACAUGCUGCAAGAAUGAGACAGGACGAGUGAUCUACCCACAGCCUCAGACCGGUGUAUUCGUGGGUCAGAGCGGCUAUGCCCAAUAUCCAAGGCCCGCACCAAUGCCAAAUAUGGCACAUCCACCCUCGGGGGGCAAUCCAGCCUACCCCCCACCCCAACCUCCACCGUAUUAUCCUCCACCAGGCGGACAAGCCCCACCUGCUGCGGUGUCUUCUUAUCCGUAUCAAGGCCCUGGUGCAGCUCCACCUCCUGGUCAAGCUCCGCCUCCAGGUCAAGCUCCGCCUCCUGGUCAAGAUCCUCUCCCUGCAACUGCCCCUCCCUCUGCGGGAGGUCCUGCUAAUCCACAUGCAGCACCUGCUGGGAACGCUUGACAAACGUGGCAUCCUCCUGACGAUAUCAUCGUUGAUGCUUCUCCAUGAGAGAUGUUGUCUUCAAUAGGAUACCAUCGAUAUCAACAUUGUAGUUAGGAAAUCGAGAUAUAGGUUUAGUUAGUACACAUGUUAUCAAUACACGAAAACCUAAACCCAUGACUUUCAAAUUACAUGUCCAUACACACGUUGUACAUUUUAUUCAUCGGGAAAUUCUGUGUUGUGUUGACCGCCUCCGUGGUCUAGUGGCAGAGCAUCCGCUCUCCGGGCGGAAGGUCCGCGGUUCGAUCCCCGGCCGCGUCAUACCAAAUGACGUUAAAAGAUGGUACUUGUUGUUACCCUGUCUGGCGCUCGGCAUUUAGGGGCUAAAGCAAGGACUGUUCGGCUCGGAGUCAGUAUACUUUGUCUGGGUGGGGUAUUCAUGUUAAACUGCGGCAUGGUAUCUCAGUGGGCUAGCACUAUAAAUCGGCAUCAGUCCGGACUAGUACAAGCAGCCACACACACACACACACGUACAUGCACGUCGCUAUAUAAGUGCAAUAAUCUUGGACGCGACGUUGAACCCCAUUUCACCUCACCUCACCUUACCUUAUUCUAUGACGAUGCAUUUGAUACCGGUUUCCUGGUUAAGUGCACACAUUAUUUUGACCGGCAGUUUGAUUUCUGCCAUUUUUGUUUGGGCGUGGUAACUCUGGUGAUGGGUUAAUUAAUCGGAGUAAUUUUGCUACAUCAGAAUGCAUGGGUGAAUGUUGCUUUACGUCGCUUAUAACAAUAUUCGAGCAAUAUCACGGCGAGGGGGGGCGUAAUUAUAACUUGGCUUUUUACUUGUUUAAUAUCAGACAUUGAGACCUGUUGCUAUUAUGUAUCUGCUGUGUCUAUCAAUAAAUCUGCUUUUGGUAUUAA